CACACUGCUGAGUUGGAGCUGCUGGAGCUGGAUCUGGAUCUGGAUCUGGAUGCGGGCAUCCUUGGAUUCUGCCGCAAACAACGGGCCCACACACUGCACGCAAACUUAACGGGACGAGGAUGGUGCACGGCGCCUCGGCGGUUGGAUAUGAGGCUGCUGGCCGCGCAGGGCAGCGGGGAAUGCGGUCACUGUGACAUUCACUUGCGCGCCCGUGUCUUGAGUUUUAUUGUUCUGGUCCUGUGGACGCAGAGCAGCGACGCUCCGGGAAGAUGUUGAGCCGAUUCAUGAGCGGCAGCAUCAGGAAUCUGGAGCGGGAGUACAGCUGCACCGUCAGGCUGCUGGAUGAUACGGAGUAUACGUGCACCAUUCAGCGGGAUGCAAAGGGACAGUAUCUGUUCGACCUCAUCUGCCACCACCUCAACCUGCUUGAAAAAGACUAUUUUGGCAUCAGAUAUGUGGAUCCUGACAAACAGCGGCACUGGUUGGAGUUCACCAAAUCGAUUGCAAAGCAAAUGAAAUCUCAGCCUCCGUUCACCAUGUGUCUGAGAGUCAAGUUCUACCCCCCUGAUCCUGCUUCUCUUAAAGAGGAAAUCACUCGAUAUCUUGUCUUCCUGCAAAUCAAGAGGGACCUGUACCACGGUCGGCUCCUGUGUAAAACCUCGGACGCGGCCAUGUUGGCUGCCCACAUUCUUCAAGCUGAGAUCGGUGAUUACGACCCUGGGAAGCAUCCCGAAGGCUAUAGCUCCAAAUUCCAGUUUUUUCCGAAACAUUCCGAGAGGCUGGAGCGGCGGAUCGCCGACAUACACAAGACAGAGCUGAUUGGACAAACACCUGAAACAUCGGAGAGGAACUUCCUGCAGAAAGCUCAGAUGUUGGAGACGUAUGGCGUCGAUCCACAUCCAUGCAAGGACGUUUCUGGGAAUCCAGCUUUCCUCGCCUUCACUCCGUUCGGUUUCGUGGUGCUUCAGGGAAACAGGAGAGUUCACUUUCUCAAAUGGAACGAGGUGACCAAGCUGAAGUUUGAGGGGAAGACGUUCCACGUAUAUGCAAAUCAGAGGGAGGACAAAAAGAUCAUCCUGACGUACUUCGCUCCCACUCCUGAGGCAUGCAAGCACCUGUGGAAAUGCGGCGUGGAGAACCAAGCUUUCUACAAGCUUGAAAAGUCAAGUCAGGUUCGCACGGUGUCCAGCAGCAACCUGUUCUUCAAGGGCAGUCGUUUCCGUUUCAGUGGACGAGUGGCAAAAGAGGUGAUGGAGCAGAGUGCCAAAAUCAAACGUGAACCUCCAGAAAUACACAGAGCUGGCCUCGUGCCCAGCAGAAGUUGCCCAUCCAUCACCCACGGCCCUCGCCUCAGCAGUGUGCCGCGCACGAGGCGGAGAGCUGUGCACAUAUCUAUCAUGGAGGGUUUGGAGUCCUUGCGUGACAGUGCCCACUCCACACCGGUGCGUUCAGUGUCCCACAGCGAAUCCUUUAUGCCUCGCUCCCGGAGCCAGGCCACAGACUCCACUGACGGCCUGGCCGUGAUCUCGGACCAGGCCUACAGCCCCUCUGACAGCGUCCUGCCCACCCCGGUGGCCGAGCACAGCAUGGAGCUGGCCGCCUCACGCCAGGUCAACGGGGCGCCCUGCAGCAUCGAGGAGGAGAAGGAGUCCGAGGCGGGCACACCGACACAGGGGGAUGGGGCUGAUUUUGGUGCGGACGGUAAAUCGGCACAGGACGCGGCGGACUCAGCCCUCAGCGAGGUGGAACAGGUGAAUAAGUUUGUCCUGAGCGUCCUCCGUUUGCUCCUCGUCACCAUUGGACUCCUCUUUGUCCUGCUCCUGCUCCUCAUCAUCCUCACCGAGUCAGACCUUGACGUAGCGUUUUUACGCGACAUCCGACAGACCCCCGAAUUUGAGCAGUUCCAUUACGAGUACUUUUGUCCCCUGAGGCGGUGGUUUGCGUGCAAGCUCCGCUGGGUGGGUGAGCUGCUCAUUAGCAAGUGAGAGCAUGGCGGUAAGAGUUUGUCAACCUGUCUCAGAAGACGAGUAAGACACCAGAGUGACGGAGAGCAGCCUUGUCCCAACCGUUGUCCUCCUGCAGACGCACAGCUUGGACCACGCCUGGUAAAACCAGGUCAGGAUCGCUCGUCCCCUCCUCCUUCAUUUUUGGUUCACCAACCACCAACGUGUUUUGUUUGUUUGUUUAUUUUAUUCUAUCUUUUUUUCUUUUUUUCUACAAAGCCAGAUUACUCUCUCUCUCUUUU